UCUGUCCUGCUUCAGUCCACUAUGAGGACAGCGCGCGUGGAGACUCUUCGAGCUACAGUCACUAUCUGACCUGGAGGAAAUGGAGAAUAAACACCCCCGCCUGUGUUGUUUACCAUGUCAAGAUGUUGUCAGAUGUUGGCGAUUAUGAACAUUUGACACAGUUGUGGAUAUAACGACGCUUUAACUGUUUUACCAAGAGGCAGACGAGAGCUCCUCGCGCUCUGGGACACACAUAUUGUGCAUCUUUUUUUCUCGCUGGAGACGCUGAUGUCUUCAUUGGACUCCUUUCAGUUGGAGAUUGUGGAACUCUCUCGGAUUUCCAACGUGGAAACGUAGCAUCCAAUUAAUCAGCGACUGCAACUGUACCCCCGUAAGGCGCAGUGGCACUUGGUCCGCUCUCUUCAACACCUACCUUUGGACUCCAAAGUGUGGAAAGACGCAUGGUUUGGUCGCUGCGCCGGAUCGGAGUAUGAAAAACACACCUGGUGCGUUAUUUCAGCUUUUUUCCCUAUCAGGACAUAAACCGAAUUUGAACUCGUUUUAAGGAAAUUUUCGGAUCGUGGCUGUUGAACGAUUCAUGCAGCUGAUUCCGCUUGGGACACCAAAUGAGUCGCGUUUUCUGUUUUGGAUUUUAACGCCAAGAGCCAAGCGAGUUUCAGGUCUGCAUGGGCCAUAUUUAAGCUUUCUUCAUAGGAACUGAGUCUAAGAUGAAGUUAUGGGAUGUUUUGGCCACGUGUUUGUUGCUCCUGAGCUCUGUUGCUACACGGCCUCUCUACCAAAACACUCAGCCAGCCAAGAGGACUUAUUUCCCCAGCAGCUACAGUGAUUCUGCGUCCCUGUCUGUGGAGGACGAAGAGCCAGCGUUCCAGCGUGAAGACCACAACCUGCAGGAGAUCGCCAUGGAGGAUCAAUAUGACAUCGCAGGCCCCUAUCCAGAUCAGUUUGAUGAUGUAAUGGAUUUUAUUGAGGCUACCAUUGGCAGACUCCGUCGAUCGUCGGAUCCCAGCGGAGGCUCCAGGGGACGGAGGGAGCAGAGACAGAGAGGAGCAGCAAACACAGGAAGCACGAGAGGUGAGAGGAGAGGACAUGGCGACAGGAAGCGUGGCCGGGGGCGAGGGGGAAGUCGAAACGGUAAAGGAGGACGAGGCGAGAAGGGGAGGGAAGGGAUAUCGGUGCAGACCCGAGGCUGCUUGCUAAAGGAGGUCCAUCUCAAUGUGACGGACUUGGGGCUGGGCUACCAGACUAAGGAGGAGUUGAUCUUCCGGUACUGCAGCGGCCCCUGCGUGGAGGCGGAGACCAACUACGACAAGAUCCUCAACAACCUCACACACAACAAGAAGCUGGAUAAGGACACACCCUCUCGCACCUGCUGUCGACCAAUCGCUUUCGAUGAUGACUUAUCUUUCUUAGACGACAAUGUGGUGUAUCACACGCUGAAGAAGCAUUCUGCCAGGAAGUGUGGCUGUGUCUGAGGAAGUGACAGCCGUGACCAGCAUCUGUGAAGUAAGGAUCACAUUUACAAGCUGGUGGGAUCUCUGUUGGAAGUGGGCAUGCGAGGUCAAAGAGGGAGUUUACUGUUUCUAAUUUUUGUCAGUAGACAUCAAAGACGAUGGAGCAGCAAAAAGGUGUAUUCAACUUUGACAGUCCACGCUCAGUCCAUCAGAACCCUGACCAGCAUUUGACUGUUCAAUCAGACACAUGCAGAAAUGUACGAGGCCUGUACCGAUUCGCAGGAGAAACGAUACUGUUACACUUCCAGAUUUGCUAACUGUGCUGUCAAAAAAGGUGAGAGUGAAAAAAAACUUCUGACAAAGUUGGCUCUUUUUUCUGGAGGAAUUCAUUUUCCCAGGAACAUCACUUUUUCCAUAGCUGGCUCCUAAGACUCCAGAUGAACACAGAGAUUUGAGGAGUAUAUUCAGCUGCGGUCUAAAUCACUUUCACUGCAUAGUCUGGAUGUUGACAUUUACAUUCAGAGCCAAGGGAUGACAAAUAACCACGCCGGAGUUCAGCAAAGACUUUUUGGUGCAACGCAUCUA